AUGGGUAAAAUACCUAACAAAUCAACUGACACUUUGGAUCCUGAGGGAAGUGGAAGGAAUAAACGAAACUCAAACUUCAAAAUUACGGACUGCAAGGCAUUGAUAAAGUUUGAAAGGUUACAUAUGCAAACUAAUGCUUGUAAAAUAUAUGAGUUUGAAGAGAAUCACAACCACCCCCUAGAGACUAAAGAAGAAAGACGGUAUUCCAAACGUGCACGACGACUUAGUUAUAAAGACAAGGAGUUUAUAGUGCGUUCUUCAACAUCUAACAUUGGUGCAACAAAGGCACAUAAGUUACAAGCUAGUUUGCAAGGAGGUUAUGAAAACGUUGGCCCUGAAGCAAUUGAUUAUAAAAAUUUCAGAAUGAAGGUGGGAAACAUUAUAGGUGACAAGGAUGCACAGCUGGUUGUUGACAAAAUGAACAUGAGGAAAGAUGAGUUACAUCAUUACACAUUUGAGUAUAAAUGUGUUGAUAGUGUGUUAAACGCAAUGUUUUGGGCAGAUGAAACCGAUAAGUUAUAUUACAAGGAGUUUGGAGAUGUGAUAUCAUUUGAUGCUACAUUCCGAACAAAUAAGUAUGGAAUGAUUUUUGUGCCGUUUACAGCCAUUGAUAACCACAAACGUUCAAUAAACAUUGGGGCAGGUUUGUUAAGCAACGAGUCAAUAGAAUCUUAUCGUUGGUUGCUCGAAGCUUUUUUGAAAGCACAUGUAAAACACCCUCAAUUAGUGUUAACAGACCAAGAUCCAGCAAUUCUACAGGCCGUUGAAGCAAUAUUUCCUACUUCUAAUCAUCGUUUAUGUAUGUGGCACAUCAUGAAAAAACUACAAGCCAAGGUUUCAGCCGAUUUUUUGAAAAACACUGAUUUUCGUAAGCGUUUUACAAAGCUUGUUUGGAAUGUCUAUAUCGAGCCUGAAGUGUUUGAAUCAAGGUGGAAAUUGCUUAUGAGAAAAUUCAAACUACAGGACAAAAUAUGGUUCAAAGACAUGUACAGGGAUUGAAAACUUUGGAUUCCAGCCUAUUUUAAAGACAUGCCACUACACGGUCUGAUGAAAACUACUUCAAGGUCUGAAAGCGUGAACUCAUUUUUUAAUAAAUACUCUAACUCUGGUAAUUUGCUUAUCUAUUUCAUGAUGAACUACGACACCGCAAUUGGAAAGCAACGAAAUGCUCAACAGAAACUAGAACAUGAUACAAAAAAUGCAAAGCAUGAAAUGACACUUCCAAGUGGCUUACUAGAACAUGCAGUUGCGGUUUACACUAAAAAAAAUUUCUAUGAGGUCAAAAAGGAAAUAUUUAAAGCAGCCUGGUACUGUUCUAUCGACAGUGUUGAAAAGAUUGAUGGGUGACAAGUUGUUAUGAUUACACAAACGGAUAAGAGCAAACAGUUGAAGAUA